CGUCUUUACUGUUUUUCAAACCGAACAAUCAUUUUAGAAAACCGGAGGUUUUUUUCUUUCGCAUUUAUACACAAAAGCAUUUUAAUUUUAUCGAAUAAUAUUUCGAUAAUUGAAGAAUCUAGAAUAUAUCUGAAUGAUAUCAUGCCUAAAGUAUACAAGAAUACCAUCAAGUCAGGAACAACAAAAUUAUUUAAACGUGUUAAAAUGAGUCUUCCAGUAACAAAGAAAAACAAAGAUAAUGCAAACAAAGAAGAAUUGAACAUUUCAAAACAUGCAGAAAGUAUGAUAGACAAGAUUUUAGGAGAUGUGAACAAAAAGUCUACUACUAAACAAAUUAUUAUUGGCACAACAUCAGGAUGGUUGACUGGUUUUAUAACAAUAAAAAUUGGAAAAAUUACUGCAUUUGCAGUUGGUGGUGGAAUUAUAAUGCUCCAAAUUGCAGCUCAUCAAGGUUACAUUAAAAUUAAUUGGGAUAAAAUUCAAAAAAAAGCUGAAAAAAUAACAGAUAAAGUAGAAGAAACAGUAACUGGUGAAGGACCAAAAUUUUUGGAUAAGGUAGGAACAUGGUGUCGAAACAAUUCACUUGUGGCAACAAGUUUCAUUGGUGGUUUUAUAAUUGGUUUAGCAUCCUGAAUGAGAAACUAUUAGUUUUUUUUAUAAAAACAUGAGUGAACAUUAUAUAUUUGUUAUUUUUAAUAUUAACAUUAUAUGUUAGGUAUUAUUUUCAUCAUUUUCAUAAGAACUUAACAAUCAAACAUUUUUUUAUUAUUUAAAUUAUUUAUUCCUUAUGUUUAAGAAUUUUAUUUUUAAUAUAUAAAUAUAAAUUUAAUGUUAAUCUUUAUAGCUCUGUAUCUCAUAUAUGUAUAUUUAAUUAAAUUCUAACACUUCUAAAAAUA